AUGUUCAUUUUUGUGCUACUCUUCGUCGGCCUCGUGCUCGCUGUCAAGCCCCGCAACAUCAUCUCUUACGCGUAUGUGAUUGACUCGGGCAGUGCUGUCUGCCAGUACAGAUCGGGCCUUAAGGAUACAAUUUUGACCUUCCAAGUCGGUGUGCUUGAUGCAAAGGCCACCAUCUAUCUUGACAAUUACCAUGUCAAUAUGGCGAUCAGAGAGCCCACUUAUGUGCAGCAAAUCACGCACGCGGCAACAUUGGACUUGCGUACCGACCCAUCGUCCAUCAUGCUCUGCUUCAGGUUGACGUUGCCCGUGGUCCCCGAAGAUCGAAAUAUGCUCGAGACAAGCUGCUGCGAGUACAACUGGAUCAUCGACUUUGAGGCCUCGCUGCGGCUCGCGGCAAAGGAUCUAAGGGUCAUAAAGCAGAAGCUGGAUCACAAAUGCAACAAGCUCAGCCCCGCGUUCUGUGGAGCGCUCCAACAGAUGCGCUGUCAGGCCGAACGCGGGAGUAUGAAGAGGACUCUUGUUCUCGAGAGCCCGAUUGUCAAGGCAAAGACAAUCAUAUCCGUCGCGGCCAAAACCGUCACCACUAUUGUGUCCGAGCCUCGGUAUCUCCAGAAGAACGUGGACACUCACGUCAAAGACUUUCCCAUCAGCACCGAUCAAGCUUCGUUCGUGUUCGAUCUGACCAUGCCGCUGAACCCCGAUAAUCUCAGCGAGCUGGAAAAACACUGCUGCGAGUUCUCAUGGCUUCUCUCAGCGGAGGCUUCCUUGCUUGCCACUCGACGAAGUCUCGAGAUGCGCAUGCAGAAGCCGAUCAUCACAUGCAAAAAGCUUUCGCCGACAGUGUGCGGAGGGCCUGCUUCGAUGAAAUGUGAUACACAGGUUGCUAAGCUGAUCUGGCCUGCCGGGAGAUCUUCUGUAGCAAAAGCUCCGAGGCCCGAUGCCAAAUACAAGUACUUUGUAUUCGAGGUCGGCUCGGGCAGUGCGGUAUGCCAAUACACUGCUGCCGGGAAAGAUGAAAUCCUCACCUUCGAGACCGGUCUUCUGCACGCAAGCGCUAAGUGCUUUAUCCCGAGCCUCAACGUUGUCCUCAAAGUCUAUGCUCCAGCAUAUCUCACCGAUAAAGCCACAGUCGUGGCAGACGGGCUGUCUGAUUCAACAGACGCCAUGCUCGCCAAGUUCAAAGUCAUACUGCCCAUUGUUCCCCGAGAACGAAAUGCACUCGAGCAGGCUUGCUGCAAUUAUGAAUGGAACAUAUACAUGGAAGCCUCACUGCUGGAGCCCUCGAAGAACCUCAUCGUUACGCAACAAGAGCUCCAUCACUCUUGCACCAAGCUUAAUCCAUCACUCUGUGGCGCCCCUCAGCAUAUGCAAUGUAUUGCCAUGAAAGGCAAGCUGGCCUGGCCUGUUCCCGGGCCACCGCGCUCUUCUCAGUAG